CUUUUUGGGGAACUCUCGCUUCCUCCUGUCUGUCUGGUUCCGCACAGUUCGACAUGAGAACAGACUGAGAGUUCAGGGUGUGAGAGCAGACCUCAGAGAAGAGCUCAGGAGGAGGACUGACGGCUCUCCGUUUCACUCAGACUGAAUCCACCUUUAAACGACAUCAUGCAGCAGCUCCGAGACGAGAGGUGAGUCUGUAGAAACUACCCUAACCCUAACCAAACAGAAACAGCCUGAGGACGUGAAGAGACUCCAUACUGACAGUCAACAGGAUCAGGACACUAUCAGGACUCUACAGGCCUGAGUUUGUUCUUUGAUAAUCGCUGCAGCAGAAAUCCUCAAAUAAAGAAACAAAGAAGUGAAACUAGAAACAGACUUUCUGUCUCUUGAAAAUGAGUUCGACUUUCUUGUUUCUCUUUCUUUAAUUCAGAGAAUUUUUGUUCAAUGAAUUUUGAAUUUAAGACUUGAUGAUUGAAAAAUUCAGCCUGAAAGUUUGUUUGUGAUUUAAAGGGAAAUUCCACCAUAAAAUUGAGUUAGGGUCAAACACACCUUAACACCGAGUUAGACCCCCCCUCCAGAGAUGAAUGGUGCCAACCGCUUGCUUCUCUAGUUAGUUAAAUGUUCUUCCUUGAGCUGCGGCACCCCGCUGUAGUCCAUAAUGGACUGGCCUGAGGUCUCGCUUCAAACAAGCGUCUGCUGGAAGAGAGUAGGUGAGUUGUGUUUAGUCUCUUUGUUAAAGAAAUGAGUCAAAGUUAAAAAGAUGUUUGGUGUCUAGUACUAUGUCUGUGACCCUAUAUGUACUAACCUCAGUAGAUCAUGGUGUAGUUCCGUUCAGUAACAGAACCUCAUUGGAAAAUUAGCUGAUUUAACUUUACUGUGCUCUUGUUCAAAUAUAUUAACUCGACAGAACAUAAAUCUAUACCUGUUAACAAAAUCAUGAUUUUAUUGAUGAUUCGGCUCAAUAAAAACACCUUUACCUUUUCGUUUUACUACAGUAGAAGUUUAUUGGCCCAGCUUAUAGACUACAGAAGUGGAGAAACGUCCCCGCUUAAGUUUAUGUUUUCUUAGGAGUUCGAACAACUCUGAAUAUAGUACUAUGUCUGUGACCCUAUAUGUCCUGUUGAUGAAGUUAGGUGCUGUUCUGAGCAUUAUUUGUGUCUAUAGAGUGGCGUUUUGGUUGAGGUUUGUUUAUGGCUCCUCAGACCUCUCUGUAUUUCUAUCAUGCGGUCGUUACUAAAGUUGGUAUAACUAGAGAAGGAAGCGGUCGACAACAUUCAUCUCUGGAGGGGGGGUCUAACUCGGUGUGUUUGACCCUAAAUUUAUUUCACACCAGAAUAUCCCUUUAAGUUGCGUGAAUAUCUCACCAGUUUCUUUUCUCUCUCAGUGAUUUCGAUCAGCUGCCUCAUAACAUCGCUGUCUCUGCGACCAUCGCCGAUAUUGAGGAGAAGAAAGGUUUCAUCGACUAUUAUGUAAGAAAAGGAAAACAAAUCUUUCUGUCUUUGAAUUAAAAUGACUUCAGAUCCCUUCCUCACCCUCACUCCUGUCUCGAUUUCCUCUCCCAGAGGUUUGUGAUUGAGGUCAGGACUAAAGGAGGGAGUAAAUAUCUCAUCUACAGAAGGUACAGAGAGUUCUUCAACCUGCACCAGAUCCUGGAGUCCAAGUACUCACCUGAAAACCCUGAAAAACCUGGUCCCAACACCUGUAUUCUGCCCACACUUCCAGGUGAGUUUUCAGCACCAGUACCUGCAGCUGGGCCACAAUAUUGAUCACAGUGUCUGAUUUCACAUUGUCUGCAUACAUGUCUGUUAGGGGCUCGUAGUUCAGCAGAGAACUCAGGGCGGAGAGUCUAACCCAAACACCACAGGUCUCUGACUUCCUCUAAUGUUAGGACUCUGUGUGAAAUGAUCAUGAACAGGGUCAACAAGGUAAAAAACAUGGAGGAGCAUCUUCAAACUUGAAAGCCGUGAUAAAAACGGACAUCAUGUUCAGUUCUGAGCUGCUCUGUUUGCCUCGUUUUUUCAUCCUCGCAGUAAAAUCAUGAAUCCAGGAACUAUUACAGAGACAGGAGCUGAAUUAAACUUCUGACUGUUAGUGAUUCCACGUCUUUGAACUCCUUCACUAUUGGACAUGUUUCUGACCAAUCCAACCUCAGCACAGAGGAAGAUUUCUGACUUCAGUUUGAUCUUUCCAAACAUCAUCUUUGUGAUUUUUUUUGUCAGUGAGACAAAUGUGGAAACAUCGGAACUUAGAUUUGUUUGUUGUUCCUCCUUCUUCAUUUUUGCCGCCGCACGACCUGCAAAUCCUGUCCUGAGUGUGCACCGCUGCAGACUCGCUAUUAAAGGGCUGAACGGUCCACUCCCUCUCCUCACUCUGUGGUUUGGGACGUCCUUCAACAUGGCGGAGGGAGAGUGUGUAGAGGCGGUUUGGGAUUGUAGUGUAAGGCGCUGAGAAAACUGACCAACAUAGAGCAGAGAUCCAGAAGGUAAAAACAGACGUCUCAGCUUCACAGACAAACAGCUCGAUCACUGAAACAGUCAGUCAUUUGGUUAUAUGGUGAAGCAAACAGGGUUCAAAUCCUGCUUCAUAAACUGGCUAAUCAAUUACAUGGAGGUGCUGCAGAUCACUCGGUACACUGAGUCGGUUCAGAUUAAACUGUUGAUCUGGUGUUUAAUCGGCUCACAAACUCAAACACGCAGAAAUCACUUUUUAUUCUUCCUGCAGCACGGCUCAAAGAGAAGCAGAGGAGGCGUGUCUUUUUAUAUCACAUGACCUUUUUCUUGGAUUUGAUUGGAGGUUCAUUUGUUUUGGUGUGUGAUUGGUCAGAGAGGUGGAGGCGCAAACUGGCUAGCGAAUGAAUGAUGUAUUCAAUGUAAAGUGCCUUGAGGUCACUGACAAAAAGGGUUAUAAAAUCUGAUGCUUCAUUAUUAUUAUUAUUAUUAUUAUUAUUAUUAUUGUUGUUGUUUUAUAGCUGUAGUUUAUUCUGAAGCCUAAAGACGUCAGCUUUAACGCGGCGCCGACAAGGACGCUCACAUUUCCACGUGAUCUCUGUGAACCGUCAGUCCAUCCUUCAGUUUCAGGCUGCACGGCUUCACUGAAGUGAAACUGUAGCUCUAAAAUGAGUGCUGCAUGACUCUCCUGUUGAGUGAGGAUGAAGUGCGGUUGCCAGGGUUACUGUCGUUUCCAUUUUUCACGGGAUGAAUCUGCUGAGUCAGGGCUUUGCUGCCGCCUGGAAACUCAGGAAACAUGUUGCUGCAUCAUCUCAGCUCUCACCUUCAGGGACGCGCUCACUUACACCGCUUGACCUCGUGCACACGCACAGAGACAGACGGAGAUGGUGGUCACAGCUGUCUAGACGUACUUUGUCUAGAUGUACUUUACAUGUCUGGGGAAACUGUGACCCAUCUGGAUGAGAUGAGAGCGAUUAAACUCCAUCCUUAAACGGAGGAUCGUCCCUGAAACACGGCGUGCAGCGCUCUCUUCUUUGUCUGGAUGAGUUUAGAAGCGCUCUAACAGAGGAUCAGAGCUGCUGUGGGGGGUGCAGAUCGGAUUACAAACUUCCUUCUGAUACCGCUGAAGUUGUGAGGGUAGACUCAGCGCACAUUUAAGAAACUCGACGCCGCAUACUCAUGUGAAGUUGAGGACAGGAGAUACAGCAGAAAAACUAAAUUAAAACUCAUACUGUUGAUAUGAAGAUUGAUUUAAGAGGCGACGAGUCUUUUUAGAGUAAAAGCAGGAAGAGGAGGAGGGCCGUCAGAGUCACAGCGUUUCUACAUUUCCUCUGUGGAUGAAAUCUUGACUUGAAAUGGAAAUAAAGUUGAUAAAAAUCACAGAUGAGCUUGUGCCGAUGUUGGCGCCCUUCGGCCUGUUGGUUCAUGGUUACUUCGAGUUAGCAACACGUCCUCCUGUAGGGCUGCACCAUUAACUGAUUAUUUGAUUAUGACGAUGUUAAAAAAUUAAAAUCCUCAAAUCCAUUUUCCUCUCUUUCGUGCCUCCAGGCCACCGUAGGCUCCUCCUCCCACACACACCAGUGUAAACAAACAUGGCGUUUGCUAAAGAAGGCGAUAAUUUCGUGGUUAAAUAGGACAAGAGCGAGUCAGUCGUGUUGAAUUGGUACGACUUCACAGUUUCAGAUGAAGAGUAAACCACUCCCCGCUGUAAAGUCUGUCUGAAGGCGGUAUCAACCCGUCACCACGGAAACGAAUUCAGGAGGAAACACUAAAGUUUUUUUUGUAUCGUCGGCGUUUCAGGUGACUGUAAACGGUACUUUUUGAAAACGGGUCAGAGAGUGAAUAAAUCUGUAAACGACGACCAUUUCAUCUCCGUGUGGAUGUCUAUCUGCAUCUCUGGAAACGAUCAUGUGACACACAGAGGAACUCUUUUAUGGCGCCGAAACAACCUUUAUACACAUGCUCUGUACUCUUCUUCUGUCUUUGGUGCAUUUCCUGUUACAGCGCCACUUACUGACCUGGCAUAUGAACUACAUCGUUUUCAUAGAGAUGAUGGAAAAACUUUAUAUUAAAGGAGGAAUAAAAGCACAUGUGUUUUACCUCUUUGCACUCUUUACUUUUAUAGCUAUCAUAAAACGCCUCUGAACCUUGAACCUUGAACCUUUAACCUUUAACCUUGAACCAGCACGUUAGACAGACAUUAGCUCCUCAUAGAAACGUAAGGAGUAAAAGUAGGAGAUCCGUUACUUCUCUGUUUCACUGUGAGGCCAGAAUGUUUAAAAUCUUCACUCUCACUUUUCCGAAGUACGGCUGCGGUCUGAGCCGCCAUCAUUAAUGAAGACAGAUCUCCUGACAGGCUGACAUGUGCAAAACAAAACCCAGAAGAUCAGGUUUUAACAGGCGUGGAGUUGGCUAAUACCCAUCCAUUUAAAUAUGACCUAUCCAGGAACCGCACAGAACAUCAGCUGAAGACAUCUCUAAUGAUGAGCUCCUGAUCCACUGAGGGAAAAUGUCAACUUCUCUACAAACUCCCCUUCUAUUAAAAUGACUUCACCUGAUGCAACUCCCUUCAACGCCCUGAAAUCCUCUCAGAACAGCUGAAGUCUAAUAAUACCUGCAGCUCACUGACAUGUUGUCACAAUAAAUGUCAAAACUCUGCAGAGCGAUCCGUCUUCUGUAACCGCCCUGAGGUACAGAUCUGUGAGGUCAGCAGGAGUCCUCCUUCAUACACGAUGAUAACCAGCAGAAGAAGAAGAGAGAUGAAGUCGUUGAAAACAUCCAUCCAUCUAUGAAUGUGCUCAAACGUGUGUCUUAUACUUCAUACUUUACAAAAGAAACAAGAACCAACAAAAUAAGUCUGGGGUUUAGUAUUUAAGGGAGCGAGAUGUCAAAAGAGGAGGAGUCAUCCCCAAACUUCCACCGCAUGUCGAACAGCAGCGAAAAAAACGUCAAGUUAACUCGUCAGAAUUCCACCGACUUCUUUCUGCCGCCUUCGGUUCAGCGGGCUUCAUCGCCGAUCACCGGGGUUCAAAGUUUCCGGACGCCACGACAUAAAUUCAGCACAGAUGAACCCGAGCUGGACAGGAAGUCGGGGACAGACACAAAAUAAAACAUCCGCAAACGGGCGGAGACGAACAAGUGAAAGGUUUUUAGACGUCAUUUCACCCCGAUGACAAACAAACAUGGCUGAAGGUAGGGCUGGACGAUAAACUCAAAAUUUACAGAAAUUUACAGAAAUUUACGUCUAUAACUGACAUUGUCAUUUUGCCCUUGUCAGUAUAUUCGAUGUAAAUAAAUAAAUCAAAGUUGUUUUUGGAUGUGUGUAGGUAGGCUAUGGUCUCAUGUCCCUUUUAAGACGCUGUCCUACAUCAGAGACGUGACUCCGCCCCCUCCAGUCUGUAACAAAGAGGGACAGACAGGUGAGGAGAUGGAGGACGGAGAGAAAGUUGGAGCGGCUGAAGUAGACGAAGUUAAUGUGGGAGGGGCUGAGCAGCUGGUGGAGUAGUUAUCGUCCAUUUAUCGUUAUCGAGGUGAACUGAUCAAUAUAUCAGGAUAUUGAUUUGAGGUCAUAUCGCUCAGCCCUAUUUGCACGUUACAUUGAAUUUCUGGUGUCAUCUGAAGCCUCUCACAGAUAUUUAGGAUAUUUAAGACCAACUCUGUAAACUCGUCUGUUUCAGGUGUUACGGCUGUUACUGAGAAAAUGAAAAUGAAGAUAUAUAGAUAUAAAGGAAAUAGAUUUGCUGUGUAUCCCAGCAGGUUCCUCUCUCUCUCUCUCCUCGUGGUUCUUGGUGGUCCUCUGCCAAACCCGACCGUCCAAUCACAGCCUCUGCUGUGCUCUGAUCUCUUCACUCCGUCUCCCCCGUGUUUCCUCCAUGAGCUGUGUGCCAAACCGGAGCUGAAGGUCCACAUGAUUCUUAUUCUUGGUCUUCGUUUCAUCUCGCUUGGUUUGGUAGGAGCGCAUGAGCCCUAUAUCCUAUUUUAGUCUUUAGAGUCUCUGUAAAAUCAUUGUGGUCCUUGUUGAAACUCUUUAUUCCUAAAUGAAACUGUUGAACUUUUGAAACUCCAGGAUUUUGUUGUUUUUUUAUAAUGAACUCUUUUCGACAGUUUCUCUCAUUGUCGCUUUUGAUUUAGAGAAAGUUCUACUUUUCCCACAAACUGAUUAAGCGUCUGCCACCGAGGAGUCUGCUGGGUAAUAUUAGAUCUGAUGGGUUUAAUUGCACUGCCAGAUCUCAUCAGGAUAGAGAGGGAAUAAGAAAGACAGGAGGGAAACAGAGGGGAGGACGAAAAACAAAGGAGACAGAUCUGUGCGGUCAAACCUGAAUAAACUCUGAAUUAUGAAACCAACUAUAGCAAAUGUUUCUCCUCUUUCAGUGUCGGUUAAUAGAUUUCAUCAUCUCAGACCUUCUCUUUGUACGCCGGCUCAUAUCCUCAUAAUGUGACCUUUGUGCUGAAUAUCAUAUGGAUGAUAUAAUCCAAAACAGAAGCUCUGGUACGAUCGAUUCAAGGUCAGGAGAGCGUUUCUUUUUUCUUCAGCGAGGUCCCGGCUGAUGGUGAAAGGUGAGCGAUGAGUGAGUGAUUCAUCUGUGAGUGAGGAAACGAGUGGAUCUGUGCCUGCCAGUGAGUGAAUGACUUAUCAUGCUUAAGAGGGAACGAGAGGAUGGAAACUGAGAGGAGAGGAGAGCAGGGCUGGAUGCUGCGGCCGAGGGUCAUUAAGACGGUGCUGAACUGGAUUUAACGGCAGAGUCAGGUGGAGGGGGGGGGGGGGUCCGUUUUAACUGGACCUGCUGUGGUGUCAGAAAUAAACAGGAACGAAGUUUUCCUGAAAAUAUCUGGAGCGUUAGUUCACAUGAUUGAAGUAGCGACUCGCUGCAAACCCACUCGCUUCGUGAGACCGGCAGCCAGAAACAGAAGUCCCAGUCUGCUCACAGCAUAGACAUAAAAACUAUAGAGCUGUUUUUAAUGAAAUCAGCUGAUUCUAUUAUCAGUAGGUCUUUGUCUGUGUACUGAUGUCUGAGUGAAGAAUUGAGUAAAAGGACUUUAAAUUAUCGUCGUGUUUCACACUCUGGUGACGACAAAUUCUUAAACUUCAUGUCAGGGCUGCACGAUUAAUCCAUUUUAAAUCAUAAUCCGAUUAUUUGAUUAUGUCAAUGUUAAAAAAAUUAAAAUCCUCAAAUCGAUUUUCCUCUCCAUCAUGUCUCGCGCCUCUGGGCCACCAUAGACUCCUCCUCCUUUCUGAUCAUGUGACACACAGCGAAGCUCUUUUAUGGCGCCUGAGCAUGUUCGACCAAAACAACCUUUUUACACGCGCUCUGUACUCUUCUUCUGUCUUUUUUUUUUGCAUUUCCUGUGCAGCGUUACAGCGCCACUUACUGUCUCGGCAUAUGAACUACAUUAUUUUCAGUGGUUUAGUUUGAGAGACGAUAGAAAAACUUGCUGAUAUCAGCAGUAAUCGGACAGUGAUAAACAGACAUCAUUAUCAUUACGAUUCUUUUGCAAGUUUCCCUUUUUCACACGUCACAAACCUCCAUCAUAAUGUUGUUUUUCUCUCAAACGUAGAAAAUGACUUUUUCCAUCUCAGACCGCUGUGAACAGACCAAGUGUGCCUCCGUAAUACCAGGAUGUCUCACUACCUCUGGCUGCUUUUUCAUUUCACCGAACCAGAGCGCCACUUUGGCGAUUCCCACUCAUGAUCUAAUCCUGAUGCACCGAGAGAGAAAAAGAAAAACUCACACCUGCCUGUUAUAUAUGCUGGAAAUGUGGAGAUUGAAGGGGCCGCGUUAUUCUAAAGGAGCAGGGAAAAAACCACAUCAAGUCCUUUAACCUGCUGGCAGAUUUCUGUGUGUCUGAGCAUCUUUACUCAUCACUGUCAAUAACUGUCAGUCAGCCGAGUCGUGGAUCGCCUGGAAGCUCGUCCAUCUCUGAAACUCCAGAGGGAACCUUUGAGUUUGACGGUCUGCAGACUGUAAGAGUCAUUGAACUGCAGCCAGGCGGAAACACUGACUGAGGAGUCUGAAAUAACCGUUGCAUGCAUGAUGAAGAUGAUCACCUUGUUUUAGCUCUCCGUGCACGCUCCAGAAAACAUCUGUUUGUGCACGCUCACAUCUAAACCCUGCACCUUCCUCUCUGCAGGGAAAGUCUUCAUCGGCAACAAGCAGGAGAUCGCAGAGAGCAGGAUCCCUGAUCUCAACAUGUACAUGAAGGUAAUCAUGUGACUCUCAUCCUGCUGCUCUUCUCUCUCUGAAUCGUUGGCAUGCUGGCGUGUCUUUUGUAGCUGCAGUGCAGGAGCCUCCAAACUUGGUGGGCUGAGCGAUGCUGUAGGUGGAUAAGCACUGACUCGGAUAUUUCAGCUGUAGUUUGCAGAUGGAGCUCACCAUGUAGGCGUAGCUGCUCUCUUCUCUCUGCUCUGCCCUGUGCCCACAUCACGUCUGACUGACUGUAGUUGCGGGACUUUUGACAUGUUUCACUGUUGCUCCAUCGCUAAAAACACCAUCAGCUUCUCUUUCUCCCACUCACUCACUUCUCUUUUCUGCUUUGCUCUUUUUUUUUUUUUUUUUCCCCGCAACCUACAUGCUUCUCAUCUCGCCUUCGCUCGCCUUGCUCUUGUAAUCUUGUUCGCUUCAUCUCCUCUAACUCAUCUCAUCACUCCUUCCAUCUUUAUGGCGCCGAUCUCCCACCACUCCACUCUCCCACUCUCCUUACACCCUUCUGUCUCAGUGGACUUCAUUCACUCGGUUUGUCUCCGUCCUCCAUCUUACCUGUCGCCACAUCUUCACUUCACCUCAUCCUCUCUCUCUCCCUCUCUCUCUCUCUCUCUCUCCCAUCCUCUCUCUCUCUCUCUCUCUCUCUCUCUCUCUCCCUCUCUCUCUCUCUCUCUCUCUCGCUCUCAGGGGUUGUUGGGUCAGCCGAUAUGGUUUCUGCUGGACGAGGCUCUCAGGAUGUUUUUCUACCAGACGGACCAGGACAGUGAGCACCAGCCAAGAGCCCUCAGGCGUCUCCGGCCACCGACCCGAAAAGUGUAAGCCCCACCCCCCGACCCUGCAGGGACAGGGAGAGACGCUCAACAUGCAGGCGGACCCCCUUAGCUUCAUAGAAACUGUUCCCUAAAAGAGAGCUAAUGAGACUCAGAGUUAACGGGGGUCCAGACCUUUAUUGGAGUCUUUAUGAACCUCCGUGUACCGAGGAGUGUGGGGGGUCAGCUGAGUCACAGAGCUUCAGUAGGCCCCCCCCCUGUCUCCUCUGGACGGUCAGACCUCCAGUGAAAACACCUUUAAAUCCCAGAGUAGAUAAAGAUAUUAGCUGAGGAUGGAUGAUGGUUAUGAUUAUGGUCGUGAUCCGGCCCCUGAGGUCUCUGUAACAUGUGAGGAGGUUAACGAGGUGUGUUCCUGCUGAUGAACCAGCUCUAUGAUAAAUAACAUGAUUAAAAAUAGUGAUUUUUGAUGAUAAUUAGUGAUAUUGAUACAUAAACUUCACCGACACAAACAACAUUUGAGGUUAGAAGCUGGAUUAGAUCCUGUUUGCAGCUUUGAACAAAUGAGAAACGACUGAAAUAUCGAUGAACGCCGGUUUGUCUGUCAGUUUGUUCAGCUUUUAUUUCCUGAAUUUGGGUCCUUAUAGUCAAAUCAAUCUAGUAGCUUAACAAGCAGGGGGUCUGUGUGAAGAACUGAACCAUAAUCUGUAAUCUUGACAAUCAUUGAUUCAGGAAAUCCUCCUGAUUUUGAAGGUGACAGCUGCUAAUUCGUGACCCACUUUGGACCACUAAAACCUGAACCAGAGUCAGUGAUUCAGUGAACGAAUCUUUUGAACGAAUCUUUUUAGUGAACUGAUUUUAGUGAUUCAGAAAGACGACUUCAGCGUAGAGAGAGAGUGGAGCGUAACAUGCACGCUCUGUCUCUGUGUGCGUGAUCAUAUUAUUGAUUAGAUUGAUUGAAUAAUGUCACUUAAUUACACCUCUUUGGUAGUUGUCACAGCUGAUCGACCUGCAGCACGUUUCCUGUCAGUUACCCGCCCCUCCAACAGCCUCUCAGCGUCUCCUCCCUGAUGGACGGAUGACGCUCGGCGUGUUUUUCUCAAACAGGUUAUGAAACGUUUCGAGUGUUUGCAGCAGACUGAGCAGGUUUGAACUUCCUGUUUGCAGCUGAUCAAACUUUUAGAGGACAAAUAUAAGAUCAAUGAAGUCAAGUCCAUCGUCCAAGUUUUUGACCACGACGGGGAAGAAAAGAGUCAAACGACCUUUUAGAUUCAAGCCUUAAAAACCUAUUUUGAUUUUAGCAGCAAAGACUUUAAAUACAGACUAAUCCUCAGUGAUAUUUGAUACUCAGGUUCCUUCACUAACAUCUACUGUCACCUCAGUACGAGUCUUUUCUGAGUGAAGACGCUCCGCUGAUGUUUCAUCUGAAGCACUGAAGCAGAAAACGCUCUUCAGUUUGUCACAGAGAAAACUCCUGUUUUCCGUUUUCACGCCACACUUCCUCAUUCAUAACGGCUUCCAGCCCUCUGAUUGGCUCACCCCCCUGUGGUCAGGUUACACCAGGAGGGUAUGUGGUAAAGCAGGGCGCUCUCAACAGGAAGUGAUGCAAAUUUAGACUCUCAGGACUUCCUCUGUUUCUGUGUCCGUUACAGAAAGCGAAUGUUCCCUCACUUCUUCUGUCCUUAUAAUGUUGAAUAAUUAAAUAAAUGAUGAAUGUGACGAUCAGACAUCAGCAAUAUUUAGAUUUUCACUCAAAGAUCAGCUGCGGCUCGCACAGGUCAACAUUAGCAAAGACUUAUUUGACCAGAGGGGGGCGCCAAAAUAAACACAAACCCAAAAAUCUUCACAGGAGCUUUAAUUCUGUGUUUUUAAUCUGAUUUAUCAUCUUAAACAUGUUUCUGACAGUCAGUGUGACUUUAGAGCAGAGCGGCACGAUAAAAAAAAAAAUCCUGAUUUUUUUUUUUUUCUCUGAAAACUCGAUUUUUUUGUUUUUUUUAUUCAGUGAAAACUUCACCAAACUUCACUUUAAAAUUAAGUUUUUCUGUCAUCUCUCUGAAAACGAUCUACUUCAUAUGCCAAGCCAGUAAGUGGCGCUGUAACGCUGCACAGGAAAUGUUGUUUUAGUCGGACUCGCGCAGGUGCCAUAAAAGAGUUCCUCUGUGUGUCACAUGACCGUUUCCAGAGAUGCAGAUAGACAUCCACACGGAGAUGAAAUGGUCGUCGUUUACAGAUUUAUUCACUCUCUGACCUGUUUUUAAAAAGUACCGUUUACAGUCACCUGAAACGCCGAUACGACAAAAAACUUUAGCGUUUCCUCCUGAAUUAGUUUCCAUGGUGACGGGUUGAUACCGCCUUCAGACAGACUUUACAGCGGGGAGUGGUUUACUCUUCAUCUGAAACUGUGAAGUCGUACCAAUUCAACACGACUGACUCGCUCUUGUCCUAUUUAACCACGAAAUUAUCGCCUUCUUUAACAAACGCCUGCAGGAAGGGGGAGGAGCCUACGGUGGCCUGGAGGCACGAAAGAGAGGAAAAUCGAUUUGAGGAUUUUGAUUUUUUUAACAUCGUCAUAAUCAAAUAAUCCGAUUAUGAUUUAAAAUCGAUAAGUUGUGCAGCCCUACUUCAGAGUAAACAAACAUCAUAACUCUCAGCUCGAUCGUGAUUGGUGCAGCUGACACUCGCACUGACUAGUAUUCACCACAAGUUGAUCAGGAACUUUAUUGAUCGACAGGAACGUACGUCUGGUAGUUGUUGGAUGUCUGGAGUUUCUCAUAAACCAUAAUGAGCUUCAAAGUCUGGAGGAUGUUCAUAAUUGAGUUUCAGUCGUUUAAGCUGAAGUCGUGUUGUUCCUCAUCUGUCGUCUGUGAAUGUUUACAUCCAGGUAGUGGAGCAGUCACCUGAUCAUGAGAGUCUGAAACAGCUGAGUCACAUCAUGUGAAUGAGUGAGGGUUCCCUCAGGUUUGAUCAUUAACACUCAGUGUCUCUUUGUCUCUCUUUAGGAAGACAGUCAAACCAAAGAUGGACCUCUUCUCCUCCCCCAGGGCCGAGGUAUUUACACUUCUCUUUUUUUUGGUUGUUGUUGCUUUGGUUACGAUCCUCAUCGCCACCCACAGAGAAACAACUUUUUUAAAGUCAAACGACCACGCAGAGUGCACUCCAUCACCCCGAGAAACAUCACAUGAUCCUGUCAGCACCCUUGGCAUGACUCCAUCACCUCAUGCCCACUGCAUUUCAACAUUUUGUCAGACCCACAAACACGGCGGAGGAAAAACACGCCGACAGAAACAUCACACCGCAGCCGCGCAUCGACUCAGGAGGGUGGCUUCACUCGGUAAACGCUGCGGCGCACGUUUUCUCCUCCCUCUUUCCUGUGACUCCGUCGACCUCAUCAAUAGUUUCCGCCUCGCUUCACUUCAUUUUUAAUUCCUGUGUUCCUCUCUCCAUCAUAAUAACCUCUCUCUCUCUCUCUCUCUCUCGCUCUCUCUCUCGCUCUCUCUCAUUUUGAUUCCCUUCACACCCUCCCUUCCAACACUGACCCGGUGCAGAGAUACACGUUUGUUGUCGUCUCACCUCGUGGUAAAGGUUGUGUAGCUCUAACAGCUUUAACUACAGAGUUUAGCGGGACAAUAAUCUGUUUAAUCAUCCAAGAAGACAAAUUUGUAAAUGUGCUUUCAGCUGUAAGCAGUUUUUCACCUCCGUCCUUUUGAUGGCAUGACGUGAACCAUCAUCACUACGACUUAGUGACCUUUAACCUGAAGUUUGUCUGACUGAUAAUCCGACGUUAACCUUAAACAAAGAUCAGAGCUUCAAACAAAGACGUGGAGAGAGAGCAGGUCAGGUGUUACGGUUUGAGUUCCUGCUCUGGAGCUGAAAUCCUUCUCUGUCCGAACACACGAGAAGAAAGAACCUGUAAGGUAGGGCUGCACGAUCAAUCGAUUUUAGAUCAUAAUCAGAUUAUUUGAUUAUCACGAUGUCAAAAAAUUAAAAUCAUCAAAUCGGUUUUCCUCUCUAUCAUGUCUCGCCCCUCCAGGCCACCGUAGGCUCCUCCCCCUUCCUGCAGGCGUUUGUUAAAGAAGGCGAUAAUUUCGUGGUUAAAUAGGACAAGAGCGAGUCAGUCGUGUUGAAUUGGUACGACUUCACAGUUUCAGAUGAAGAGUAAACCACUCCCCGCUGUAAAGUCUGUCUGAAGGCGGUAUCAACCCGUCACCAUGGAAACUAAUUCAGGAGGAAACGCUAAAGUUUUUUGUCGUAUCGGCGUUUCAGGUGACUGUAAACGGUACUUUUAAAAAACGGGUCAGAGAGUGAAUAAAUCUGUUACAGCGCCACUUACUGGCUUGGCAUAUGAACUACAUCGUUUUCAUAGAGACGAUAGAAAAACUUUUUAUUAAAGUGAAGUUUGGUGAAGUUGACACUGAAGUUUUCAGAGAAAAACUAUUUGGCUUUAAUCAUGCAGCCCUACUUAGAGGAUGUUUUUAAUCAGAGCCUGGAGAAGUUUCUAAAUCAUCUUCAGACAUGUAAUAAAUGCAGCGUUUAUAAGGAUGCUGAGCAACAUACACACGUUUCAAAGCAACAUGUUCUAUUCCAUUUUACAACGCUGAACUGGUCCACCUGCAGUUCCUGAUCAUGACCACUUGGUGGAUUAUGAAACAUGACAAAGGUGACUCUGAAACUGGUUUCCUAACGAUUCUGAAACAUCUCGCUGACACCAAAUCUCCUGUUCCUUUACUGCUCUCACUUAAAUAUCUGUGUUAAUGAUUCUCAUCCCCCCUAAAGUUUUAUAAACCAGAUUAAUCUCGUUGUUAUUUUCCUCUGUAACUCUGUCUUCACUCGCUCUACGGAGGAUGUGAGGACACAGCUGAAAACAGCGAUACCUGAGUAACAGCACAGCUCAGUGUUUGCGUGUUUGUCGCCUUUGCUCCGCCGUGUUGCGGGUCACGUCUGCUCUUGAUAAACCCUGUGAUGUGAGAACAUGUCUGCAGGUGAAGUGUGUGUGUGUGUGCAGGUUUCUGCAGCUCUUGAACUCUGUGCGCUUUAUCCCUUCUGCAGGAUCGUUUAACUCUUCCUAACCUCGCUCUACACAUGAAGAAGGUGCAGCGAUUGCUCACACAUGAAACACAAACUCGCUGUUUCUCUGCUGCUGCUCACUCCAGCGGUGUUUUACUGUAAAACCAAGAGCAGCAGCUACAUCUCUCUCUCUCUCUCUCUCUCUCUCUCUCUCUCUCUCUCUCUCUCUCUCUCUCUCUGUAUCUCUCUCUCUCUCUCUCUCUCUCUCUCUCUCUCUCUCUGUAUCUCUCUCUCUCUCCCACACAAAAGUAAAACAGUGGUGUGCACAACUCACGAAGCAGUCAGCCUACUCAACAUUUAUUUUCGCUCUCUCUCAGAAAAAACCGGCCCCCCUCUGUGUGGCUGUGUUGGUCCUGUCUUGAGUCUUGUGUCUCUUAGUCUCCGUCCAAACCCUGAUCAGUGUCUGCUCUGUGCCUGAUGGACACGAGGAGACUGCGUUCAUGUCCCUCACUGCUGCACGCUUGUGUUUUUAUGCACCAACACUUGAUUUCAUGUUCGCUCAGGCUGAACCUCAAACUGUAGGAUAAGUAAGCGUCAAACGAGGUCGAUGUGCCGAGCAGAAGCAGAACGCCGGUUUUCUUUUUCUGAUGUGACAAAAUGAAGGAGGGACAGAUGAAGGAGCAGAGGUGGAGAGGAGGAGAGAAAGAGGAGAAGAGAUGAGGUGCAAAAUUGGAUUAAAAAAAAACGCAACUCCGAAUUGGAAAAUUGAAAAUCCAGCAGGUCCCUAAUCAACUCAGGCUCAGAGCCACCAGGCAGAGACCAGAUCCAGUUUUAGAUAAAGACCUGUCAGAUAUGCAGGUCCACUCAGUCCGUCUCCACAGCAGCAGAAAUACGACCACAGCGCUCUGAUGUUCAACUCCACCGCUGAUAUCAUCUUCAAGAGUUCAGGGAUGGUCGUGAAAAUCACACAGAGUCAAACUGGAGGAUCAUAAACUCUGAACGAGGAGAUUUUCAUGAACUCAGAUCACUUUUUAGAGUGAACCUUUGAGCCUGUUGAAGUCACUGAUUUCUCAACAAUGAUCUUCUUACACUCACGAUUGAUCAACACCUCACCCCACCCGACUUCAACAUCCUCCACCCUCCCUGUGGUGACCUUUCUGCUCAGUGAUGAAACUCGGCUCUCUCUCCACGUCUUUGUCUGAAGCUCUGAUCUUUGUUUAAGGUGAAAGUCGGAUUAUCAGUCAGACAAACAGGAAGAACUUCUUCAGAAGAUUAAACAGAUCUGUUGUGUUGUCGGUUUUUGAGGCACCGACCGCCAACAUACUUUACACAUCUGUAUAAUUACUCGACGUCACUUUGGAGAUACCCAAACCACCGACACACAAACGGAGUUGAAUAACUUUUCUUCUCAACGAUGGCGUCUGAGGAUCUGACAUCUUGGGACUGAGGAUGACUCAGACUCGUGGCUGACAUCUACUUUUCUGCCCUCGGCUCUCUCUGUUGUGACGCACAUUUCCGCCAUGUUUGAUCGAGUAAACACGCUCACAGCUGAUCACUGUGAUCAAAUUGAUAUUUAUCGCGGUCUUUAAUCCCGAUCAUAUAAUCGUCCGGUCCUAGUCGUUUGGUAACUGCUAACAGCUCAGCGCUAACACUGCUGUCCAGUAAAGACCCACUUUGGUUGUCAGGUGGUCCUUUUAGACUGAUAUUCGUUUGUCUGGGCUGAUACCGAUAACGACGGUUCAUGAGACCGAAAACUUUUCUCUGGGACUGAAGAAACUCAUCUCCAAAUUUAAGUUUGAAAUAUUCUCAGUUUCAUCACCAAACUUUGUGGACCGAAAACCAACCCAGACGAGGAAGAGGAGGAGGAAACAUCUCCAACUUCAUCACCUCUGAGUCAGAUCAGCCUCCCCCCCCUCAAUCACGUUCAGACUGGAUCAAACUGAACUGGAGGAAGUACUAAAGAUCAGACCUGCACAGUUGAGCUGCAAACCUAUUAAUUCUGAUUGUUCUGGGAUUGAGGUUAAAGUCCCCUAAACGUGCGUACCCUCCUCUGAUCCCUCUCUUACAGAAGUCUUCGUACUUAAAGACGUUCUUCUGUUUGACGAGGAGGAAAAAAAAAGAUCUAAAUUCAAAUCUUCACCUCCCUGUCGCCAAACUAACGAGCUGAGAGUUCAGCGAGCUCAUUAAGGUGGAGCCGGCGCCGGUCUAAUUGAACCAGUUGAUUGCUCCUGGGCCCGGCUGAACCCAAGGGUUGUGUGGCUCGAUUUAGAGUGCAGCUCUUUACUGGGCACAGGAGGUAGACCGGCACACAGAACCUUCUGUGGGACCGACUCAGGUAGACAACCAAACCGGACAGAGACAUAAUAAUCCAACUCUGAGCGUCGGAAGAGGACGUCAAAGACCGAUUUUAGAGGAGCAGCUGAGUAAUAUUAAAGUAAAGGCUGCUUCCUUUAUGACUGAUUUAGAUGAACUCUGCUUUGGUAUUGAGAAGGUGAUCACUGUACCUCCGAUCAAACACGACCAGAGCAUCAGAUCAUCAGAUCAUCGGAUCGAGGUCCAAACUCCGGAGUCUGUGACCACAAGCUCCAGUUUUAAAGGGUUAGCACGAUCGUUAUUCAUCCACUCAUUCAUCAGCGUGUCUCAGAUAAACUUCAUCGACAUUUCUUUGAUAUUUCAGCCGACUGUUUGUUUCCCAACCUUAUAUUUUUAUUCAGAUAAAAAAGAUAUUAAACCUUAUUGAGAAUGUGGCUGACCUGGAUCACCAUAAGUGGGUUUGAGUGACGACCAUCGUUGUCACGGAGGCACCAAAGCUCCUGUUAAGCAUCGGUACUCGCCUAUAAAGGUCCUGUUGAGAGAUUUUUGCAUAACAACGUCCCUUUUGCUUCCUACUGAGGUCAGAAGUCAGGUUUUAUCCGUCCCCUACAGCUUCCUGUCUCUGUUUUUAUGACAUCGGUGUGAAAACUAUGAGACCUGAGAAAGAUCGGCAACAUACAGCCUGUUAGAAAUUUAUCGAGCAAUUAUACAUCAAAUCUAAUAGUUUAUCUGCUGGCCCUGAUUUUUGUGAACUUUUCAUGCAUAACCUGCGACAUACACCUCCCCCACUUUUCGUCUGUAGACAUAAGAAGACAAGGCGGGGAUAGCAUCAGUAAAGACGGCAGAGAACAGAGAAGGAUAAGAAUCAGGGCUGUCGAUGAAUAUUAUAAAGUCAAAUAUAUAUAUAUAUAUAUAUAUAUGUAUAUAUAUAUAUAUAUAUAUAUGUAUAUAUAUAUAUAUAUAUAUAUAUACAUAUAUAUAUAUAUUGGGUGUGAAAAUUAUAAGAUAUUAAAUAAACAGCUGGAAAAAAACUGAGUGGGAAAAAAACGAAAAAAAAAAAAAACAGCGGCUGCUUUGCGAGUGAGCGAACUAUAACCACAGGUCAGGGACAGGUCAAGGACAGGUCAGGGGAUCUGCACCUGCAGUGAGACUCCACAAAAACCGUCUGUGGCACACGCAGAGAGAGAUGGCGGGAUGUUCGGGGCCAAAAUCAGAGAGAGCGGUCUGGACUCCAACGAACUUUCGAAGCUCCGUUUGGAAAUUCUUCAGAUUUUUGGCGGACACAGUAGACAGAAAAAUGCUGAUCGAGAUAAAGUUAUAUUUAAGCUGUGUGAGCGAGAUAUUCGGAUAUGAUCGAACCUACGUGUUAUUUUUAGAACGAAUAUUCAAACGUCAUUUUGGAGCGAUUUUGACAGCUGCGUUUACAUGGACACAAAGAAUCGGAAUAAACGCCUGAUCGGAAUAAAAAAGUGUCAUGUUAACAUGUCGAUCGGAAGAUUCCGAUCCAAUUCGGCUCAAUUAGAAAGAAUUUGUAUUCCGAUCAAGAGGAGUGGUUUAUGCCGAUCGUUAUUCCGAAACACGUUCAUGUAGACACUUAUUCCGAUCGUGACUCUCUAACCUGACUCGAUCUUCACUCUUUAGCGUUCGUUGAUUUAUUGAGGUCAGUUCAGGAGAUUUCAUUAUGAACACUCUGACCGCAGGUGUCGUGUCUGCUCCUCCGGUAACAUAACGAGGCGUACAAACAGCGUGAUGAUGUCACAUCUGUACGCACAGAGCAACCUUUGACAGGACCGUAAAAUAAGUACACAAGGGCGCCAUCUAGAGACGACAUUUAACAGAGGGGAAAAUCCUGAAUUGGACGGAGUGAUCCACUGCAGCGUUUGUUGGUUUGUUGACAGUGCAGACGUAAAUACAACUCUUCUUCUUCUUCUGUGGUUGUUUUAGCGAAAUUAGACGACUUAGUGCAUAUUUACACACGUCAUGAUCAGAUUAUUAGAUUUUGCAAUUAAGAAAUUUUGGACAUGUAAACAUGGAGAGUGAAAACUCAUACACCAGUGAUGGAAGCAAACCCAGCAUAAGAAAAGAUGAAGUGAUGAACUGUGACACGGUCCACAUCUCUGAUCGUCUACUUCUCACCUCGCUGCGUCUGUUGGGAUGGGACUAACUACAGUUAACGAGUGAUCAGUUCCCCUCGUGCAGCACAGCACAUAAGUUUUUAAUAACAGUGGAAAACACCUGUGGGGUUCGUGGAGCUGUUAAUUAAACCAAAGUGGGCUGCUGUUGUUCUUCUGACAGCUAAUUAAGGCGUCCACAAUCAAAACUUCGGAGUCAAGUCAGACUGUGAGUCUGUGUCUGCUGAACUAAUUUCAGCCAAAAUAAAAGAAACAGAAGACUGAUCAUCGAUCAAUAAUAGAGGGAACCAACAACUCCUAAAUGUAUGUCCUGUAUCAGUGAAGGGACGGAGAGGAAGCAGAUAUAGUAUAAACAGAAGGAAUGACUCUGUUUGUGUUGGAGAUAGUAUCUUAUCGCCUCCAACACAUUUUCACAUCAUCCAUGAAUUGCAGCCAACAGCAGGUCAACAGUAGAAUAAAACUAUGUCUGGAUAAUGUAUUAAAAAUAGCAGCUUUGAAAUCUAAGAAAGUGCAUGUGUGCUUUUUUUUCAGCGUGUGUUAAUCUGUUAAUCCCUCUCCCUCAGUUUCAUUAAUCUGCCAUCAGCCUUACUUAUUCUCUCUGCAUAUGGAUCUAAACACGCUCAUUUGCACGCACACACUCUGAGACGUGCAGCCUUUCAUGCUCACAUGUUCAUGUUUACAGAAGAGGAGGGAGAGAGUCUGUGCGGGGAAAAGGUCAGGAUGGUCGAGAAGAUGCUUAAAAUCAGGAGAGCAGAGUUAGUUUUCUCUGAGAAACUUCCAGUCGAUGAUGACCUUUUCAGUUUAGUAUUUUACAUAACGUUUCUUAUGUAAUAAAAACACGACUCUUAACUCAAACCGUGAUCUUUCCCAAACUUCUUUACUCAGUUUUGGUGUCUGUGCCUGAACAGGAACAAGACCUGGCACCACGUCGACUUUAACAACAGAUUAGAGAAACGCUCCCUGACUUCAAACUUUCCUGUAAAAUUAAAUCGAACGUGGACAUAAAUCAUUAAUGUUUCUACUUUCAGAGUUUUAACACAGCAGUGAAAUGAUUUAAAGUAAAACUGCAUCUAAAAUAUGAAACUUUUUUACUCCACGACAGAAUGAGAGGUACUUACAUGAGGUCCUCUUUAGUUAGCCUGGGAGACGUCCGUCUGUGCAGAUGCAUGUGUCACUCACUACUUAAGCAGCAGUCCUGGCUCUAUGGGAGGGCGUUAGGAGGUUAGACCCGCCCCUGACGAGGCGGGGUUUGUUUGAAGUUUUAUGCUGUCUGUCAUCAUCACUGAUGAACUCAGAGGGUCAAUCCAACGCCACGAGGUCACUAGACUGGACCCUCCUCCCCAACCCCAUCCACUGUCUCUCCUCUCUCCUAAAAACACCUGAGAUGACCCCAAAGGUAGCAGCUGCCAUACUGUAAACACUGACCAACCAUCAGCCUGUGCCCACCUGUCAGUCAACUAAACCACGCCCCUAAUAAUACCUGAUUUUGAGGAAGAAUUUGCAGUCAUAUAAUUAGCAUUGUUAAUUAAAAUGUGCAGUUAUUAUCGGCUCUGAUGGGGUUUCCUCAGCCCCAUGGGGGAACUACGUUUUUUGUUCCAUAUGAUGAAAUUAAAAUCUAUUAAUAGAGCCAAUCCCUCCAAUCACAUGCCUCCACAAGUCCAACACUCGCCCACUACAAACAUGCUUAAAAACGCUGAAACCGAACUUUAGCACGAUUUACAAACCAGGUUUUGACGUGAAAGUUGAAGAGUUGUCUGUAUCUUCACAGUUUGAGGUAGAAACAGUAAAUCUAACUUGUUUGUCGAUUGUUUUGGUGUGUGACACACCUCUGAGGUAGCCCAAUCAUAACAACCUGAAACUUCGGGACAAUCUCAACUCUACCCCUUAGCCCUUGUUUUUGCACGUUCACGUCAAGUAAAGGGACGUCCUAAUUCUGCGUAAGGUUAAGGGUAAGAGGUACAAAGCCCUAGAAACGAAGACAAACCGAGACCUCACUUCAAAGCCAAAUUUUCAUAGUAAUGACGCUGAUAUUUCUUCUCAGAUAUUCAAUCCUUUGCUGCUCCCCGUGAAUAUUAGCGAUGUUUUGAGUUGUUUGCAUUUUAAAAUCAUGCAGUAUGAGCAGUGUUGCCAACCUAGCAGCUUUGACGCUUGAUUUAGGGACUUUUCAGACCCUCCCCAGAGAGUUAAGGUCCUUACACACCGGGGCCUGAACAGGUUAGCUUAGAGCUAAAGUUACUUAGCACAGAUGAAAGUUCAAACAAAGACGUUUAUCAAACUGUUAAAGCUCACAAACCAUCGUCAGAUGAGAAAUCCGACGCUAUGACUCUCCACAAGUCGUCCUUCAGGUCGUUAUCUUUGUAAUGUUUGUGUCUUUUAUCAAAAAUCACUCUGUUCUCCGACACGUAAACAAUCAGCCGGUCGGCCAUGUUGGAUAUACCGGUGAAUCUGACAUCACAACAACACGAAAUCUGAUUGGUCAGAAGUGGACACACAGUCUGUAAAACUUUAGAAAAGUCGACCGUGAUCCGGAAAAAUGAAUGCCGAAAUAUCACAGAACGGGAAAACGUCGCUGAUGUGAACGCUUGUAUUGACAGGAUACGGGUUCGAAAAAAAAAUAUUGACGUCUGAAAUAAUCGCACGAAAAUAACGUCCUGGUGUGAAAGGAGCUUUGUUUUCAGAUCGUGUGACUUUUUCUGGAGUUUAGUGACUCUGACAUGAAAGCCGUUAUCGAUGUUACUCUUCCAAUGGGGGGAGGGAGGUUGCCUGAGAAAUUAUACAAAUCAGGCGCUGACGUCAUCUAGCGACUUGUAGCGACUUUUACGACAGUCACUAGUGACUUUCCUUUCUGCAGAGUGUUGUUAACCAACAAAGCUAAAGCUAUUGACAGCUACACUGAGGUCAGACCGACAAAUUCACUGCAAACAGGAAGUCAUGAUGACGUAGCAGGAAUCGAGUGGCGUCUCGUUUCUAAGAGGGGGAAAGAGUAAAGAGUGACAAUUAAGAUUCAGCCUUAGUCUGACUGAAACUGGACUAAACCAGACUUCUCAAACUCAGGCUAACAUGUUAAAAAAACGACUCUAUGGGAGUGAAAGUGGUGGCGGCGUUCUGAGCGUGCUCCAGCGUUCACACAGUGUGGUUUUUAGCGCUGCCUUUGUCUCAGCCAACAGAGAGAGACGAGCUCUCUAAACACUCGGUUUGUUCAUCAGAUAGUCAUGAACUCUCUGGGCGCAGAGCGUGGAUCAGAGUUUCUUCUGUUGAGCUGCCAGGUGUGAUUGGACAGAGUGGUGAAGAGAGUAGUGAGAAGAAACUGUAAGAUUGUGAGUCCGAACAGCCAAACUCAGAGGAAGUGUCUCUGCAGUGUUUCUCAGAAAUUAAAGGUCCAUGAGUAACUCUGGUUUAUGUAGAUCUGCUCCAGAUUUGAUCAGAACUUUCUCUCUUUUCUCUCAUUUUACUGAAAGUGUGAUUCUUGACCCUCUCUGCGCUCUCUCUCUCUCUCUCUCUCUCUCUCUCUCUCUCUCUCUCUCUCUCUCUCUCUCUCUCUCUCACUGUCCUGUGAGGAUUAUCACGUAUAUUAACUCGCUCUCAAACGACAUGACAGUGGCGGUCAUCAGUCAGCCCUCUGCAGAUCUGCACCUCUGUUUAACUUACACUUUUCUUAUCUCCUCCUCCUCCCUCUCCUCCUCCUCCUCUUGUUCCUCCUCUUCCUCCUCCUCUUCUUCACCUCCCUCCCACUGCUUUCACCGCUCCCUGUUCUUUUUUGGUCUCUCUCUGCCUCUCCAGAUACUCCAACUCUCUCUCUUCGUUUCUCCGUCUCUGCUGAUCGCUCUCCUACUGUUGCAGAAAUUCUCCCUCUGAUCUCCUCAGUACAAACAACUCUCUUUUCUUUUCUUCUCUCUUUUCUUUCCUUUCUUCUUUCCUUUUCUUCUUUCUUUUCUCUCUUUUCUUUCCUUUUUUUCUUUCUUUUCUCUCUUUUCUUUCCCUUUCUUCUUUCUUUUCUCUCUUUUCUUUCCUUUCUUCUUUCCUUUUCUUCUUUCUUUUCUCUCUUUUCUUUCCUUUUUUUCUUUCUUUUCUCUCUUUUCUUUCCCUUUCUUCUUUCUUUUCUCUCUUUUCUUUCCUUUCUUCUUUCCUUUUCUCUCUUUUCUUUCCUUUCUUCUUUCCUUUUCUUCUUUCUUUUCUCUCUUUUCUUUCCUUUUUUUCUUUCUUUUCUCUCUUUUCUUUCCCUUUCUUCUUUCUUUUCUCUCUUUUCUUUCCUUUCUUCUUUCCUUUUCUUCUUUCUUUUCUCUCUUUUCUUUCCUUUUCCUUUUACUCCUUUCUUUUUCAUAACUCUUUUUCUCCUUUUCUCUCUUUCUUUCCUUCCUUUUUCCUUUUUUUUCUUUCUUUUUUCUUUCUUGUCAUAUUUUCUACUUUUUUCCAUUUUUCUUUUCUUUACUUUUUUUCUGUCUAUCUUUCUUUACUUUCUUCUUUCUGUCUUUCUUUCCUUUUCCUUUCUUUUAUCUUCUCUAUCUUAUUUUUUAUUUUUUUUUACUUUAUUUCCCUUUUUCUUUGUUUUUUCUUUCUUUCUGUUUUCUCUUUUUCCUUAUUUUAUCCUCUGUACUUUUUUCCUUCUUUCUUUCUUUUUUUGUCAUUUCUUAUUUCAAUCUUUCAACCUUUUUUCUAUUUCUUUUUUACUUUUUUCUUUCUUUCUUUUUGGCUUUUUUUUCUUCCUUUCGUCUUUCAUUCAUUCUAUCCUCUUUUCCUUUUUCCUUUCUCUUUAUACAGUCUUUCUUUCUUUCCUUGUCUCCUUUAUUUUUCCCUUUUUUCUUUUUUUUCUCUUUUUGUUUCUUUUUGGCUUUUUUAUUCUUUCCUCUCAUUUAUUUAUUCUUUUUUCAUUCCUUCCUUUUUCCCUCCUUACGUUAUUUCUUUUUUCGUUCUAUUUUCUUUUCUUUCUUUCUCUCUUUCUUUUUGCCCCUCAUCCUUUUCUUAACUGUAUUAAAUCUUUCUCUCCUCUUUGUUUUCAUUCUCCUUUCUGUCUUGUUUCUUCUUUUCUUCUUUUUUGUCUUUUUUCCGUUAUUCUUUCUUUCACUGAUUAUUUUUCUCUCCUUGUUUCAGUUCUAAUUUCUUAUUUACUUCUUACUCUUUUGUUUUUUAUUGACAAACGUUAAACUUACAGUCAUCACUCACGUCUUUAUGAGAUAAUUAUUGCUGUGUGUGGUUGUGCGUGUGUGAGUGUGUGUGUGUGUGUGUGUGUGUGUGUGUGUGCGCGUGCGUGCGUGCGUGCGUGUGUGUGUGUGUGUUUUAGAGCAGCGAUGAUGAGGACUCUCCUCAGCUCUACUUUAAAUUCUAAUUCAGGCUUUUAGAUCUCCACGCUGACGCUCACCAGGACGCUCCAACAUCUCUCACAGUCACACACUCUCGUCGCCUCAGGCUCUACCACUCUGUAAACUCCUCGUAUAUGCUUUUACUUCACCUCUCACAGACUUUCACACACACUUUCACACACACUUUCACACACUUACACCGUGCAUUAUAACUCAGCCGCUGCAGAACACUGAAGUUUGACAAACUUGUGCAGAAACAGUCAGGCAGGUAAUCAGCCUGUCAGGAGGAUCUUCAGAUCUUCUACAGGUUCAUGUUUGGACUGUUGACCAAAACCAUCAUUUCUCACACUUUUCCAACUCUUCAUAAAAACGCAGCAGAUCUGUGAACAUGAGCCGCAGUCCGAACUCACACACUUCUGUGUCUCCGUUUUCCACUGUUGCACAUUAUUGCACAUCCAUUCUCUGCUCCUCCAAACACACAGAUGAGAAGCACCAUCCUUCUCCACCUCCACCUCCAUCUCUCACUUUUUCACUCUCAUCCAGGCACACAUCCUCAGAGCUCAACACUCCUCAACAAUCCUCUGCUUCUCUCUGUGUCUCAAUUCAUCCACUAACUUUAUCAAACUCUCUCUCUCUCUCUCUCUCUCUCUCUGUCGUCUCUCUCUGUCUCUCUCUGUCUCUCUCUCUCUCUCUCUCUCUCUCUCUCUCUCUCUCUCUCUCUCUCCUCUCCUGUCACUCACUUGUUGUAGAAAGUGUAGUAACUCUUACCCAUCCUCUCUCUCCGUCUCUUCUCUCUUCGUGUUGAAUGUCUCCGUCUCUCGUUCCCUUGUUCCUCUCUCCUCACACUGACUUGUAUGUGUGCUUUCUGCCCUGUUUGUGUGUGUGUGUGUGUGUGUGUGUGUGCGCGUGAAUGCGUGCGUCUGCGUGUCCCAGGUGAUGUUUGACUUUCGCGGCAACGGCAAGGCGGAGUUGAACCUGAAGAAGGGAGAGGUGAUCUUCCUGCUGCAGCGAGUCAACGCCGACUGGCUGGAGGUAAGAACGGAGAGAGACACAGAGAGAGAGAGAGAGAGUUGGAGUUGUAGAGAGAGAGAGAGAGAGAGAGAGGGAGGGAGGGAGGGAAAGAGUAGGAGCGUGGAAAGCAGCGAAAGAUGGAUGAGAGUGAGAGGAGGGAAGGGAAAGAUAAAGAAGAGGUGGAGGGGGAGAGGGAACGUGAGCCAAGAAGAAAGAAAAAAUGGAAACUGAGAAGGAGGCAUCUUGAUUGGGAUGACGGAGGCGAGAGAGAACAGAGGAGGAAAGGGGAGAGCGAUGGAGGUGGAGAGAGAGAGAGAGAGAGGACAGGAAAAAGAGGAGGAAAAGAGGAGGAAAAGAGGAGGAAAAGAGGAGAGAGAAAAGGGGAGCGCUCUCCGAAGUUUAAGAAUCCAGAUGUUUUUCAGAGCGACUGAAGUGAAGCUGGCCAGCAGGGGGAGACUCCACCUGUUGCAUAAAGAGCCAGGCGGAGAAAUUGAUCCUCCACUCUUUCCUGUUCACCGAACAUCCGUCUCCAUGGGGACCCCCCUGAGGUUCAUGUGUGUAGAAAUGAGAAUAUGUCGUGAUGUCCACGUCCACAUCUGUCCCACUCUGACAGGAAGUUAAACUCAUUAUAAAACAGUACACCUGCAGCAGGAAGUAGCUUCUCAUAUGAUCCAGCAGAGGGCGCUCUAGUGACCCGACUGAUCCCUAAACUAAUGCACUAAUAUCAUUCACCCCCUAACUCACCCCUCCAUGAUUCACAGUGUCGAAGUGAACAAACACACGAGUGUUGGGCGUCUGAACAGUUUAAGAAAAAGAUUAAAUCGCUGUUUCGACUUUUCACUUUUUUGUCCUGCAAGAGCCUGUGGUGGUUUUUUAAGUGCUGGUAUAAGUCGGUCUUCUUUCCGCUCCGAUGUAGCGACUUUGGCGUGUCAGGUUUUGCACAGUAGUCGUCUCCUAGAUGACCGCCGUGUUUCUUUUCUCGGGGAUUAAAUCACAAAACUCUGCUUGUAGUUGCGCUGAAGCCGUUUUAAAAAGACGUUCAUGUUUCAAAACACGGAGAGCGGGUCAGUACUGAUUGGUUAAUUUGACCUCUCCAUGAGAAGCUUUGCUGCUUCUGAUUGGUGAUUUUGGCCGGACGGUGAGGAGCCGGCAUGUACCGUAUUUUUCAGACUAUAAGGCGCAUUUAUAAUCCCUAAAUCUUCUCAAAAAUCGACCGUGCGCCUUAUGGAUGAUUACUUUGUUGAGCUUACUGACUGAUUUUAUGUGGUACUGUAGGCUGUUUCACGACCUGAUCAGCCUCGUAACACGACCCCUGAGCAGUCUACAAGACUGCCUGACUGUGAUGUCUGAACUAGGAGUGCGUUCAUGUGAAGCAGCCCGGGUUCGGAGUAGCAGUCAAUGCGCCGGUGAUUAAUGCGCCGUACAAUCCGGUGCUCAUCCGAUGUGUUAACACAGACACGUCAGUCACAGUGAGCCGUGCAUGAAAAAUACGGUAAAUGUAAAAUAUUUGACACACAACAGAUCCUGAGUCAGUGAGGGGCGCAGAACAACAAAAACAAAAACAAACAAACAAACAAACAAACAAAAAACGCAGCUUCGGCGAUCACAUGAUGGCGCUGUCUGAAAAGGAUAAACCGCUCAGCCCUAAAAACAGGAUCUGUAUGAAACAGAGAGACUGGAACUCCUGAAAAGUGUCGCAUUAACCAGGAAUCACUGUCAGGAAAUAACAGCAUUUCCUUUAAUGAAGACUCUGUUUACGUCCACUCAGUCAUGAUCUGACGGGUGCAGCAGCUGCAGCGUCUUUCUGAACGAUGAGCCUAAAAGUCGAGAUCAUGAAGUACGAUUCACUUUGACCCCCAAAUCCAGACCCUGCACCCCCGUAACUACGGCGUGGAUCAGGUCUGAAAUCAUGAAGGAGGAAGUGGACUAACACUCCUGCACAUUCAGACCCGUUAUUUUGGUGUCCACGUGUUUUUAGCAUGGAGGAUCUGCUGCAGUUUGUUCUAUUCUGAGAGAGGAGUGUUGAAAAUAGUUCCUCUAAAAGCUGCAACAGUGAAAAAGUUAAUUACAUAACCGUGUAACACUUCAAAGAUCUGGACUCUUGUCGUCUCUCUGUGGCUGCAGAGGAGUGAACUGGAGGUGUCCCGCUCUGGUUUCCCUUCAGGGGGGGUAAUUACCUAAUGAACAAGAUGUCCUGGUUACACACGGCGAGGAGCUCGAUGUGGGACAUUUUAAUCAGCUGUUUAACACAAAAAGACGACGCAGGAACAUCGGCGCCGCCUCAGAGUUUUCACCGAAAUUCUGCAUCGUCACAUCAGCGCUUAAAGAAAGGUCAGGAAACAUGUUGUGUAAAAAUGUGUAAGGUGUUGAGAUGGAGUGUGAGAGAGAAGCUGAGAGUGGGUGAGUGGGAGAGAGAGAGAGAGAGAGAGAGAGAGAGAGAGAGAGAGGAGGUGGAAGCUGAUGUGGUGGGAGAGAGAUAGAGAGUGAGAAUCAACAAUGAGGAGGAGGACGAAGCACUUACUCUGCCUCUGGCUUCUACAGGGAUCUGAAAUCUGAAAACGCUGAUAAUCUGCUUCUCUAAUGAAACAACAGCGUCCUGUUGGUCCUCUCUGCCAGCUCUGCCGCCAUGAUAAUAACUCAGAGUUUGUGUUAUUGAGGGGGGGGUGAGGUUAAUGCAACACUUAGAACUGGUAAAGAAGUUGACUGAGUGCCUUUGAUUUAGUCAGCGGACAGAGCGGCGGUGGGCGGAAAACGUGACGAAUCCAACUGGCAGACUGGAGCAUCAAGGUGAAUGUUCUUCAGGAGGAGACCUGAGGAGUUAGAGGCUCCUCAGAGACCAUGAGAGGAGCUCCUCCUGAGCCCGAGGUCAGAGAAGACGGACUGAGAGGGAUCACAUAAACUCCUCACUCCGUCUCUGAAAUGAUCAGCUGUGAAGAAGAGUCUCCAGGUCUCUGCUGCCACUUCACAGAGACCUGGAGACUCUUCCAGAGUUCAGGAGUUUGUGAGGCUGCACAGAUGUUGGAUGAGAAGGCCCGGCUCCUCGAUGUUCUUUGGGGUUCAUCAGGUUCAUCCACACCAAACUCUCUCUCUCUGUCAUCGAUGUCUUUGCGCACUGGUUCACAGUCAUGUUGGAACAGGAAGUGGUCAUCGCCAAACUGUUUCCACAAAGUUAGGACAGUCUGAAGUCUCUUAGUUUGCUGAAGAACUCAGAGUUUCUUUCACUGCGACUAAGAGGACAAGUCCAGCUGCUGAAAAACAACCGAACACGAUAAACAACCAAACUUUACACUCAGAGGAGGAGUGGGCUUUUUAAGACAGUCCCUCAGUCGACUGCCCUCUGUCUCCGGUUCUGUUCAGAACCUUCAUGGACAGAAUUUCCAGGUGCAGUCGGGGGUGGAGGGGGUCCAGUUCUGCAGGCGGAGGGUCACCUCGCUGCUUUUUGUGGAUGAUGUGGUUCUUCUGUCUUCGUCGAGCAGUGACCUUCAGCUCUUGCUGGGAUGUGAAUCAGAACCUCCAAGUCCGAGGUCAUGGUCCUCAGUCGUAUAUAACUUAGAUCACCUUCUCCAGGUCGGAGGGGCGGUCCUGUCUCAGGUGGAGGAGUUCAAGUAUCUCAGGAUCUUGUUCAGGAGUGAGGGUAGGACGGAGCGGGAGAUCGACAGGCGGAUCAGAGCGGCGUCAGCAGUGAUGCGGACGUUUAACCGAUCAGUGGUGGUGAAGAAAGAGCUGAGCCGUACGGAGAGACUCUGGAUUUACCGGUCGAUCUACGUGCCGAUCCUCACCUAUGGUCAUGAACUUUGGGUAAUGAGCGAAAGAACAAGAUCGCAGAUACAAGCGGCUGAAAUGGGUUUCCUCCUCAGGGUGUCCGGGCUCAGCCUUAGAGAUAGGGGAAGGAGCUCAGAGGAGAACCGCUGCUCCUCCACGUCCAGAGGAGUCAGCUGAGGUGGUUCAGGCAUCUGGUUAGGACGCCUUCUGGAUGGCGACGAUGACGACAACUUAAAAACCGGGGUCAGACCAUCCAAAACAGGGACUGUCCCUCAAAAUCAGGACGUCUGGUCUCCCUGCAGAUCCUCUCUGCUGAUGGUCGGCUGAGGCUGAGAGCUCUCGGAGGAUUCAUUGACCUCAGUCGGGUGGUCCUACACCAUCUCACUUUCUCCAUGUUUUUUUUCGACUUCCACAGAAGCUCUCUGACGCUGUAUCGCUCCCCUCGUAAAAUCUCAAAAUCCUUGCGUGAUGAUAGUGAUGAUAACACGCGUGAUCAACGUAAUUCUUAACAACCAGUUUAUCAAUCAUCGAUUGAUCAUGCCCAUUCCUUCUUCAGACAAGUAGCGUUGCCCCGGCAACCACCAAACCCAGACUCUUCCAUCAGAUUUCCAGAUGGAGGAACCCGUGGACAAGCCUCCUGCUCUAGGGUCCGGUGGCGCCGUGCUUUACACCACUGCAUUGCACUCUGGGAUGUGCGGCGCGGGCGCAGCUGCUCGCCUGCUGCUCUCUUUGAGCUGAUCUGAAGGCCACAACCUCGAUGUUUGAUUCUCUGCACAUGUUGCCAUGGAAGCGAUUGGAGUAAUUAGUGAGCGAAUAGUUUUCACAAUAUGGUGUCUGUGGGGGCGUGUGAGGUGAAGGGGGAGGGGCCUGAAGAACGUAUUUUUACCACAAGAGCCUCUUGAUUCGUGCAUUUCUGAUAUUUAUAAUCAGGAGUUUAUUUUAAAGGAAGUGAUGUCAGCUGAUCACCACGAUCAGGUCUUUUCAGAUGGUUUCUGCUUCUUCUAAAAGUAGAUCUUCCCUCUGCACAUCAGAAACUCUUCUGAUUCCAGCCCCAGAUGAUCAUUGAUUUUACUGCUGCUGAUCACAUGGACGCUCUUACAUAAAACUGUUGCCUCGUGCUGCACACACACACACACACACACACACACACACACACACACACACACACACACACACACACACACACACACACACUCAGGGGUGUUUUAAAAGGCCUGUAACAUCAGCAGGAUAUUAUGAACAGGCUAAUUAGAGGGUAAACGUCCCUCUAGAUGCCCCUCUCAUGAUUGUUUCUCUUCCUGAAAUCAUUAACCACCUCAUCAUCUCAUCAGACCAACAUCACUCCGUCACUCGGGGAUUCACUCACGUCUUAUUUCCCGUUAUCUCUUUUUAUUUGCUCUCAUCUUUCCGCUCUUCUUCUCUUUCUUUUGGCGACGUUUCGUCUUUUCAGGGAACCGUCAACAACCAAACGGGCAUCUUCCCACAAUCCUUUGUGAAGAUCAUCAAACCGCUGCCAGACAGCGAGGCAGAAGGAGACGGUGAAGGCCACACCUACAGCUGCCUGCGCUGCUUCCUCAUGACCCCCUCUGGAGUUCAGACUAGGUCAGUAAGAAAGACUCAGACCAAGAUUAUCGUAAAUCAAGAUAAACACGGAUCAGAAACACACCUGCUGUUCGUAGUUUUUCUCAUUUCGAUGAACUUUCUCUGAGUGAGUUUCAGAAUUCAAUAUAAAUCGUGUAACAGACUUUACUGGGAACAUAAAUGGUUCUCUGCGCUCCUAUCAGUGAUCUGAAUACAACGUAGAAUUUUUCUUGAUAGGAGCAGAAUCUGAAGGUUUUGUAAAGAUUAAUCUGCAGGAGAAAAACACGGACUGCCCACAUCGGUGUUUCUGUUUAUUGUUAUGUAAUUACUUUGAGAAUCCUAAAAUUAUUCAUACCCCUAAAAACAGCAUCAAGGAAAAGGUUAUGUAAGUUCGGUUUGACUUCAGCAACAUAUCGACAUUAUGUCCUUUUUUUAAUAUAGAGAUGAAGCUGUGAUAGGCGGUUAUUUGAUGAUAUAUAAGAUAUAAAAGUCCUUUAAUCCAGGAACAGAACCGUCUGUUCAGAUCUCAGCUGUGAUAUACGUUAGCGAGCAGAGGCGUGUCCGCAUCGUUUAGAUCAGGGUGGCCUAACCCCGGCACUGACACUGCUGGGGUGGCGUGAAGUAUGUGAGCCCACUCACCACUAAAUUACAUUUAUUAUUACUAUUAUUAUUAAACAUCUGUCAAAACAAACAUUAGAAUUUUUCUUUUUUAGUUUUUCACAUGUAACAAAAUCUGAGUUUAAACUUAAACUAAUCAAUGCACUGAAGCAUUUUUAGUAGAUAAAAACUGAAGUUAACUUAAAAACAAAUAAAAAUUAAACUCACAUUGAAAAUAAAAGUCAGAAUAAAAAUAAAGAUAAAAGCCUGAAAACUUUAAAAACCUUCAUUUUAACUCAUCUGUGAGAGUUUUCCGUAUUUAAAGAUAAUUUCUGAGGACUUUGGGAUUAAAUUUGUUUAUUUAUGAGGAUAAAGUCAGAACUAACAAGAGUUAAGUCUUAAGAAAGUGAUUACUAUAGUGAAUAAAGUCGUAAUAAAAUAAUUACUUACAAAAACAAAGUUGUAAUAAAAUAAUUAAUUACAAGAAUAAAGUUGUAAUAAAAUAAUUAAUUACAAGAAUAAAGUUGUAAUAAAAUAAUUAAUUACAAGAAUAAAGUUGUAAUAAAAUAAUUACUUACAAAAACAAAGUUGUAAUAAAAUCAUUAUUUACAAGAAUAAAGUUGUAAUAAAAUAAUUAAUUACAAGAAUAAAGUCGUAAUAAAAUGACUUUAUUAAGACUGUAUUUUCUUUGGUAAUGACUUUAUUCUCCUCCAACUUGAAUCUUGAAGUUUUAUUAUUUUCCUUAUGUGUCACUAAUAAUCAUAUCAGUCAUAUUUAUUCUUGUUUUCUGAGAGAAAAAUUCCUCGUUUCCUUUAUUUCUCCGAAUGUUCUCCUCGGUUGUAAAAUGUUGUAGACCUUCUCUAAAGAGAUGACCGUCUCCUCCCUCCCACUCCCACAGAGACGUGUGCGUUCAGGAGGACCUCAGUAUCCAGCCGACGUACAAGGACCUCCUGUCUCGAAUGAGGUUUGUGUGUUCACAACUUUUCCACCCUUUUCCUCGACUUUGUGUCUUUUUUUUACCGAUUUUUUGGGGGGUAAAAAAAUGAUUAUUGAGUUUCAUGCUGAGUUUUUCAUUUGCACCCACGUGGGAUGUUUUUUGUGGCUGUUGUGUAGCUGCGGAGGGGAAAUGAGUGUAUGCAUCCUGACACCUGUGAGUCGACGACAAACACAGACGUGUUAAUGGAGCCGACAGAUUUCACAGGCGCAGGAAAAACCUCGUAUUUUGUCGUUUUAAUCGCUCUAAAAUCUUCUGUUUUUGGUGUUUGUGUGACAGGAUUACCUCAGAGUCGUGUUUCUAAUUUUUACCUGUUGACCUUUGACCUCCACUGUUUAAAGCGUCAAGGAAGUGUUGAGCAUGUUUUUGGAUAAAUUAGACUUUAAAGAAGGUCACAGGAAGUGGAAAAACAACACAGACGUGGUCGAGAAAAAGCCGUGAAGGUGAUUUUUAUUCAACAUGCAGAACAAAAGAGACACUUUAGGAAAUUUACAACAAGAGAAGCUGCUGAGCAAGAGGACGAGAACAUGAUCAGGUCCAUGAAGGCCGUCCAUGAAGCCACCAGCACAGGAUUCUAGUGGGCAAAGUGGAGCCGACCCAAGAAGACCACCCCCUUAGCCACGUCCCACCAGGAGAACAUCAUAAACAGGCAUCCUGACCUCGGGAAGGGACAGUUGAAGUUCACCAGCCUGGAUCCACCAAACGAGCCCUGCUGGAGCUUCAAGUCCCAGAGGAAGAAGAAGUCUUUGAAAAAGAAGAUCUCCAAAUACGUAUAUGAUAUGAUAUCAUCAUUGAUCAGUUCACCUCGAUAACGAUAAAUAGACGAUAACUACUCCACCAGCUGCUCACCCCCUCCCACAUUAACUUCGUCUACUUCAGCCGCUCCAACUUUCUCUCCGUCCUCCAUCUCCUCACCUGUCUUUCCCUCUUUGUUACAGACUGGAUGGGGCGGAGUCACGUCUCUGACGUAGGACAGCGUCUUAAAGGGACAUGAGACUGUAGCCUACCUACACACAUCCAAAAACAACUUUGAUUUAUUGAUUUGGUAUCACUUUACAAUAACCUGAACUUAUUAAUGAUGAGCAGAUAGUUUAUUAAUGUUUAAUCAUCAUUUAUAAAUGGCAUACAGACCAUUAAUCAAUUAUAAAUUUUACAAUUUUAAUACCUAAAUUUACAAUAACCAUCUGAGUAAUGUUUAUAGAUGGAUUAUAAACAAAUAUUAAUCAUUUACAAACUGACUCACAUUUGAAUCUAGAUAUUUUACAACCAACAUUUAAACCCUAUAUAAACCUUUAAUCAAUAGUCCAAUAAUAAUUAAUGAACAUUAUUAAUCAUAACUUCAUUGCUUGUAAAUGGUAAAGUCACUAUUAACUUACAUUAAUAAACUAUCUAUUUGCCAUUUAUAAUUGAUCUACAUGCUGUUUUUAAAUAAUGAUUAAAUAUUGUUAAACUUGCUAUUCACCAAUUAUUGAUUAUGGUUAUUGUAAAGUGUUACCAUUGAUUUAUUUUUUGACAGCGAAUGUACUGAUCUGGGUAAAAUGACGUCAGUUAUUGCCGUAAAUUACGGUAUCUGUAAAUUUCCGGUUUAUCGCCCAGCCCUACGAUCAACCUCAGCCGGGUCACCUGGAGGAGGGAGAAUGAUGCUGAAAGACCAUCGCUGAAGACGUGUCCAGAAGUAACUGGGCGCUGGCAGGGAGGGCAGGGAACGUUUGGAGUGUGUGUGUGUGUGUGUGUGUGUGUGUGUGUGUGUGUGUGUGUGUGUGUGUGUGUGUGUGUGUGUGUGAACUCCUGAAUAAACGAGCAUGUGUAAAAGUCCAUUACCUGUCCAGUCCACCUCCAGGGCGCAUGUUUCAGCUGCAGUCUGAUCCUCUCCAUCUCUCUCUCUCUCUCUUUCGUUCUCCCUCCAUCCGUCAUUAUCGGCUCAUUUAGAUCAGUCAGCGUCUCCAUGAUUCGCCGUUCCCGCUCAUAAUCAGUUCAUUUAUUCCGCUCAUCUGCUCAUUAUUGUUUUUGAGCCGAGUGUGCCCCGGAGUAGGAUGGAUGAGACUCGGGUUUUAAUUUGUCUGAGCUCUGAUAAAGUUUGUGGGGGGGGGGGAGGAGGAGAGAGGAGGGAGAGAAGGAGGAGAGAAGGAGGGAGAGAAGGAGGGACUGAAGCAAAUCCAAAUGUUUCUGGACGAUUCGAGAAGUAAAUGAAAACAAAAUGAGUUUCCCUUGAGUCUUAAUGAGCUUCAGAUUAAACUCAAAAAGGUGCUUUUCUCUUUCUGUCCAAACAGUCACUUCACAUUAAAGACGGAGUUUGAAACCGGUCAUGAUACGACCAAAUCAUGAAGUUUGACGAUGAAUUCAUGUGAUUAAUUAAAAAAAUCAGUUAAAUACAGUUUUCUGUGUUCUUGAACGCAGCCUCCGUUCUCUUGAAUGAGCUGAACGCCGUCAUCAGAAGAAUCAGUCGGGCUUUAAUGAAAUCUCUCCUGGACCAGGAUAAAGAGGAAAACCGGUCCUCUAAAACCUCCCUGUAUUUUAUUUCUCACUGCUGGUGGCAGGAAGUGACUUUGUCUGUUUUUUUAUUUGCAUCUCCGUCGUCUGAUGAACCGUUUCAUCAUGUUGUUCCUCCAGGACAGUGAAGCUCAUGUGCUGCGUCUGUUUCUGUCUCUCUCUUCUUCACCUUCUCCUCACUCCGAGUUGUCAGGAUUCAUAUCUGCUCCUCUUUCCGGUGUUUCUCCGGUCCAGCACAUGUUUUCUCGGUGAUAACUCUCAGAGCCAAAUUUUAAUUAAACCCUCACACAUCCACGAAGGCCUUCAGAGGGCACACGUUCCCCUCACUGGAAGCUUUUUUAAUCAUGUCCCCGUUAAAUUAGUUUUUAUUGCUUUUAACAUGAAAGUCCUCGACUGCUGCAAAUGAAAGUUUAUCUUCCUGAGAACAAACUGAGGAUGAAAAACAACCAAACCUUAGAAAAGAGUCGAGGUCUGACGUCUCUCUGUUUCCGUCCAUCUGUCUGUCUGCAGGACCGUCUUCAAGGAGGACGACAUCGCCCUCAACUACCGCGACCCCGAGGGCGACCUCAUCCGCAUCCUGGACGACGAGGACGUCCAGCUGAUGAUCAAGGAGAGCAGAGGUCAGCAGGGCAAAAUCAACAGACCUGUCAAUCAGUUUCCAUGGGAACUGCACAUGACCCUGACCUCUGACCUAUCUGUUUACAACACUGAGGCCUGAGGGACGAACGGUCGAGGGGAGGAAAGAUCAUAAUCAGUAUUCAUGCACGCCAUCUGUCAGUUCAUGGUCGUCACAUUUCACUCAUUAAUAAAGUCAUUUCAUCACUCCUUCACUUUUUCAUGCUUUCAUUUUUACACUAGAGGUGCAGACAGGUGUGUCAGCCUGUGAGCCUCAGCCCAGGGCAAAGAAAUCUAACCCCCGAUCUCCACCUUCAUCCUGAUCGUCUCCUAAAAGGUCGUAUCCUCCGAUCGUAGCUGAUCGUAACCAUUCAAGUUAACGUGUCAAUUUACACCGACUUCUUUCCGUUCCUCUGCGGAUCGCCGGACUCCUCAGCUGAUCACAAGAGUUCUAUUUUUUCUGGACGCCGGAGCAUGGCGGAUAAAUUCAGCACAGAUUAACCCGUGCUGGAAAGGAAGUCGGGCACAGACACAAAAUAAAACAUCCGGCUUCUUUUCAAAAUAAAACAUCCGAACAAGUGAAAGGUUUUUAGACGUCAUUUCACCCCGAUGACACCAUGGAUGAGGAGAUGCUGAUUCUAGAAGUCUAGAAGUAGAUUUCCUCCUCUGGAAGGACACAAUCUACUGCUUAUAUGUCUAUGUGUCUGUCUUUAGAGAGACGACUCGUUAUCGCGAGAUUGAACGUGAAUCUGCAGGUUCUUGGGAGUUCUUGUGAACUCUGCCAUGAAAUUUGCCUCACGAAUGGAUCUGGUAGGAAUUGGCGAACAGCGAAAAUCGCCGUCUCGAUCAGAGCCAUUCCGGAUGCAGUGGAGAUCCAGGGUUACACCACCUAAAAGUAGGGCUGGGCGAUAAUCCGAAAAUUUGGAACAAUAACCGACGUCAUUUUGCCCAUAUCAGUAUAUUCAAUGUCAAAUAAAUAAAUAAAUCAAAGUUGUUUUUGGAUGUGUGUAGGUAGGCUAUGGUCUCAUGUCCCUUUAAGAUGCUGUCCUACGUCAGAGACGUGACUCCACCCCAUCCAGUCUGUAACAAAGAGGGAAAGACAGGUGAGGAGCUGGAGGACGGAGAGAAAGUUAAAACGACACGUUUCUCCUGAUUCGUUCACUGAUCGGUGAAAAAGAUCCGAUCGCUGACGUAGAGUCCGCUCAGUCGAUCCCCUCUGUCUCGUUCUCAUCCUGAAUCCUCAUCUUCUCGGUGUGUCGGUGUUUUACUCAGGAAAUCCACAUCACGACAGUUUUUCUUCAUCUGUAAUCUGAAGUUUUUCUCCUCGUCCUCCUCUCUGAACAGCGUCUCUCAGGCGCUGUGGAAGUUUCAGGUGUUUUUACCCUUUUUCUCGUCUGUCAGACACAUCACAGUCAGGCUGAUGAAUCGAUCUGACAGAAAUGUGACUUUUUUACCGUCCCUCUGCAGAGGACGUCUUUUUGAGGCUGUUUUUAGCAGCAGGAUGAAGUCGACCCUUUCCUGUUGCUCAGCUGUCCUCCCGGGACGCUGAGGUGUUGAUGGUGGAUUUUUAGGUGUAAAUGGAUCUUCUAGUGAUGAUCUGAUCCUGUGAGGUUCAGCACUUCACCUCUGAACACCCUGACAUGAACUCAGAUCACUCUAUUUGUUACAGUUUGAUAUAAUCACGUUUUCCCUCAUUUCCCCUCACCACGGUCAGCGUUUCAUUAGUCCAGGGAUUGUGAAGCUCGCUGACCUCGGUGCGACUUUGUCAAAGUUAAAAAAACACUCAGCUGUUUGUCGUGACGCCGUAUAACAGCCGCGCUUCACGACCACGAUCACUCUCGACGUCCUCACCGCUCCAGGCUCGGGGAUCGCUCCGUCCUCGCUCUUGUUGUUGUUGUUGUGAUAAAAGGGAGAGCCCAUCUCAGCCGCCGUGGCGUUAACCCGCUGUCACAGUUUCCUCUUACAUUUCUCUGAUGCUUUCAUCCGGGAAAACGCUGAGUCAGCAGACGGGCUUCAGGUCGCCUUCAAGGACGCACUGACGGCGAGGUGGAGAGUAACCUCCGGGUGAAGUCUGAACUUUUAGUCUUAACUUCCUAAAUGUGUCAAAACUUUACGGUUAUAUCGGCUCUUAUUAAAGGAGCCGUGGUCGUGGUCGUGGUCGUGGUCGUGGUCGAACGCUCUCAGUACAAACUGACUUUAGAGCCUGAAUACGAGCAGACAGUUAAAGGGUCUGUGAGAAACAGAUGAAAAGUUCUACUUACAUUUUGACAUGAGGAGGAACUACGCUGCAGUUUUACAAUCAAGCUGUGAUAGGGACCUUUAAUCGUGAAACUGGGCGCCGUUCUCUGACUUUACGCCGCUCUGCUUCAGUCGCUGUCGAAGUGUCGAAACUGUCGCAAACCGCGAGGGACAAAGAGUUGCUGUUGCAAAGAUGGCUAGUAGAGGAAGUGACGUACGUUUCACACAUGUGCGGUACAAAUCGGGUUUCUGGGACGGAUCAGGCUGUUAGCUCUGCAUGUAGCCACGUUAGCAUACAGGAGCUGCUGUGGCAUCAGCUGAUUUCUCUUAGUUCAGUCUAAAGAAGCCCAUCGUUGGUCUCCUUGAAGUGAUUCCUGCAUGAAUAAGUCACGUGUUUGUCUCAUGAACAGUGAAGGAUGCUCUUUGUUCAUCUGUCGGCUGGUCGCCUCCUGGAUCUGACUAAAUCAGAUUCAAUCUUGAGGAGCGAUUAAUCUUCUCAGCGAGGCCGACUGCAUCACCUCCUGGAGAAGCGUUCGCUCCUGUCUCUUCAUAAAUCCCUCUCCGUCGAUCUGACCCGCUCCGCCUGUUUGACAUUCGCUCUCUUUCACGCUCCGUGUCUCUCCGUCGAUCAUCCUCAGUCUCUCUGUUUCAGAGGGACGUGCAGCUUCUUCUCAUCUCAACCUUUGACCAAAAUUAGAAUUUAGAUGUUUGUUUCUGCUUCAUGAUGCAGAUGAAGUUUGUGUGAGUCUGUGAGCUGCAGAACACCGUGAACCUUCACUGGAACAGGCUGAAGUGGAAUAAAUGAGUUAUUUAUGUUUACAUGCAGAUGAAACUGGACGCAGUGUGACUCUGUUUUCAUGUUCGUCCAUGAAAAGGCCGGGAGAGCAGCAGCAAAGACCCUCAGAGCGAGUCUGAAAUCAGCUGGGUUACUCACCGCUCACAGAAUUCACUUCAUCUCAAACUUUAGUGGGUUCCUCCACAGCAGCCUCUCCAAAAACAAUUUAGAUGUUUGAGUGAUGAGAGAGAAAAACCUGCCGACUGUAAAAAAGAGGAAGUGACAUCACAGCGUGUGUGUGAACUUCCUCUAGUGCUGUUCUGAGUGGGUACAUGUGGAGUUAAGUGUUACGCUGCUUUUUCAGAAGGAGAAGAUUUACGUAACUUCUGCCUGACGGGAGAAAAACUAGAGGAGAGAGAAGAAGAGAGGGUGAGGAGAGGGUGAGGAGAGGGUGAGGAGGGUGAAGUAGACGGGAACAGAUGGAGUCAGAGGAGACAGGAACCUGUGUAGGAGAAUGAACCUGCAGGUAAAUUUAGUCCUGGUCUUUAACGUUUUCCUGUUUCACCUCAGAAAGGUGAUCGAGUCUCCAAACCUGUGACCAAGAAUCUGAACCGUUUCAUUUACUGACUCAGCGUGGAGAGGAACAGCUGAUCCAACGAGUUUUCACACUAAUGUCAUUAAUCAACCAAAAGAUGAGACAAGAUAGGGCUGCUCGGUAACUUCACUUUAAAUACUAAUCAGAUUAUUUCAUUACGACGAUGUUAAAAUCGACAAAAUCACCAAAUCAAUUUUCCUCUCUAUCAUGUUUCAGGAGCUCUCCCCAGUUCCCACACACACCAGUGUAAACAAACAUGGCGUUUACAAAAGAAGGCGAUAAUUUCGUGGUUAAAUAGGACAAGAGCGAGUCAGUCGUGUUGAAUUGGUACGACUUCACAGUUUCAGAUGAAGAGUAAACCACUCCCCGCUGUAAAGUCUGUCUGAAGGCGGUAUCAACCCGUCACCAUGUAAACAAACACUUAAGUUUUUUGUCGUAUCGGCGUUUCAGGUGACUGUAAACGGUACUUUUUGAAAACGGGUCAGAGAGUGAAUAAAUCUGUAAACGACGACCAUUUCAUCUCCGUGUGGAUGUCUAUCUGCAUCUCUGGAAACGAUCAUGUGACACACAGAGGAACUCUUUUAUGGCGCCAAAACAACCUUUAUACACAUGCUCUGUACUCUUCUUCAGCGUUACAGCGCCACUUACUGGCUUGACAUAUGAACUACAUCUUUUUCAGUGGUUUAGUUUUGAAAAACGAUAGAAAAACUUUAUUAUAAGAAUAAUUCACAUAUAAGUGAAGUUUGAUGAAGUCGUCACUAAAUAAAAAAUCAAAAAUCGAGUUUGUAGAAAAAAAUCUUCACUCAGUCUUGUUGACGUUUUGGGACUAAAUGCUCAUAAAUCUUA